CUUCCCCUUCGACUUACCCCCCCAAACCCACCACCCCCCACAGCUGCUACGCCUCACAGGCAUUCUUUGAUAAAUAUCUUUCACACCCUUAGCUGCUACAUACUAAUAACAUCGAGCUUCUAUUCUCUUUUGGAGCGAUUCUCUAAUUACCAUCGCCAGCCAUGGCAAGCCCAACUGGCUACUCGAUAAAUGUCAACGAUCCCAGCUUGAUCUCCCUGGUCAACAAGCUGCAGGAUGUCUUCGCUACCGUCGGAGUUCACAAUCCCAUCGACCUGCCUCAAAUCGCUGUCGUCGGGUCGCAGUCUAGCGGAAAGAGUUCAGUCUUGGAGAAUAUUGUUGGUCGCGAUUUCCUCCCCCGUGGAUCCGGAAUUGUCACUCGCAGGCCCCUUAUCUUGCAACUGAUCAACAAGCCCGCUACCAAUACACAAACCAAUGGCGUAAAGGAAGAAGCGUUGGAAGGAACGGACAAGGAGGCGAACCUGGAUGAAUAUGGCGAGUUCUUGCACAUUCCCGGCCAAAAGUUCUACGACUUCAACAAGAUCCGCGAUGAGAUCGUGCGCGAGACCGAACAGAAAGUUGGUCGCAACGCCGGUAUCUCGCCCGCCCCGAUCAACCUCCGCAUCUACUCGCCGAAUGUCCUAACCCUGACGCUGGUCGACUUGCCCGGUCUGACCAAGGUGCCCGUGGGUGACCAGCCUAAGGACAUUGAGAAACAGAUUCGGGACAUGGUCAUGAAGUAUAUCAGCAAGCCCAACGCUAUCAUUCUCGCUGUCACUUCCGCCAACCAGGAUCUCGCCAACUCGGAUGGUUUGAAAUUGGCACGUGAGGUGGAUCCUGAGGGUCAGCGUACUAUCGGUGUUCUGACCAAGGUGGACCUGAUGGACGAGGGUACCGAUGUCGUGGAUAUUCUUGCGGGCAGGAUUAUUCCCUUGCGCUUGGGUUAUGUGCCGGUGGUCAACCGUGGCCAGCGUGACAUUGAGAACAAACGACCUAUCGCUUAUGCCCUGGAGAACGAGAAGAACUUCUUCGAGAAUCACAAGGCCUAUCGCAACAAGUCAUCAUACUGUGGAACGCCGUACCUCGCUAGGAAGUUGAAUCUGAUCCUCAUGAUGCACAUCAAGCAAACGCUUCCCGACAUCAAGGCUCGCAUUUCGUCCUCCCUCCAGAAAUACUCCUCCGAACUUUCUCAGCUGGGUGACUCGAUGCUCGGUAACAGCGCCAAUAUCGUGCUGAACAUUAUCACUGAAUUCAGUAAUGAGUACCGUACUGUGCUGGAGGGUAACAACACCGAGUUGUCUAGCAUUGAAUUGUCCGGCGGUGCCCGUAUCAGCUUUGUGUUCCACGAGCUCUACUCCAACGGAGUGAAGGCAGUCGAUCCCUUUGAUCAGGUGAAAGACAUUGACAUCCGGACCAUCCUUUACAACUCUUCUGGAUCUUCACCGGCCCUCUUCGUUGGUACAACUGCUUUCGAACUGAUCGUGAAACAGCAGAUCAAGCGUCUGGAGGAUCCUAGCUUGAAGUGUAUCUCUCUGGUCUAUGACGAACUCGUCCGUAUUCUGGGUCAGCUUCUGAACAAGCAGCUCUUCCGGAGAUAUCCCAUGCUCAAGGAGAAGUUCCAUGCCGUGGUCAUCGGAUUCUUCAAGAAGUGUAUGGAACCCACUAACAAGCUCGUCCGCGAUCUCAUCGCCAUGGAGACGGUUUACAUCAACACUGGGCAUCCUGAUUUCUUGAAUGGACACCGCGCCAUGGCCAUCGUCAACGAACGUCAACUCGCAAGCAAGCCCACGCAAGUGGACCCCAAGACGGGCAAGCCUCUUCCUCCGCGGGCUAACAGCCCCUCUGUCGAGACUCCUACCGAUACUGGUAGCUCCGGAUUCUUUGGCAGCUUUUGGGCCUCGAAAAACAAGAAGAAGAUGGCAGCUAUGGAGCCGCCGCCGCCUACCUUGAAGGCCUCCGCAGCCCUGUCCGAGCGGGAGAGCAGCGAGGUUGAAGUUAUCAAGCUGCUCAUCACAUCAUACUUCAACAUUGUUAAGCGCACUAUGAUUGACAUGGUUCCCAAGGCGAUUAUGUACACCCUUGUUCAAUUCACCAAGGACGAGAUGCAGCGCGAGCUUCUGGAGAUGAUGUACCGCAAUAACGAGCUGGACGAGCUUCUGAAGGAGAGUGAUUACACCAUCCGUCGGCGCAAGGAGUGCCAGCAAAUGGUGGAGAGCCUUUCUCGGGCCAGCGAGAUCGUCAGCCAGGUGCAGUGAUUUUCCAGAGUUGGAUGAUGGAUUUUAGAAUCUAUACGCCCGGUUGCUUUCUGUUGUUCUGGUAGCCAGUCUCUCUUGGGGGGGCUUCAGUCCACGGAGUUGAUCACGCCUUAUGUUUAUAUUUUUUUCUGAUGCGAGGGUUCCCGGCCAUGGCAUGGAGGAAUGGUUGCCAAGAUUUGACGAACUUGUAUCGCCUAAUGACUGCGGAUGAUUGCGGCUUGCUUAGAAUUGAGAUUUUUUGCAGAUUAGCCGUUGCAAUGUACAGUAACUCGGGGCAUGUUUCCGUGAUGUAGCUGGGCUUAGACUAAGCACGCUCGUCCUGUAUGGGUAGCAGUUGUUGUGGCUGAGUGCAGCUGAUAGCGGAAGGAAAAGUGUUCAUUGAGUAAUAAACAGCA